GCGUGGAGACCAAGGUUGAACUUUGUUUCCAUUUACUUUGGACUCCAUUUUCAAAAGGCAGGAAAAGGACGCGUUGACACAGCAUCCUGAAUCACAGUGCACACAAACCUGGCAAGGUUUUGCAAUUUGCACAGACAUCGCAGCCCGAGUGCACGUAGGUAUAGGAAAGUGCCGCUGCUAGUGAGCUAGGCCCUACUGGUUUUGCCCGACUAAUAUCUCUCGAAGCGACUAAAAUGGCAAGUUUCAUCUUCAAGGCAGCGUUGUUUGUUGUGAGUGUGGUGCUGCUUCAACGACUGAUGAGAUUUGCAAUCAUCAUGGGAGUGCAUAGGCACAUGUUUAACCAUACACCAGGACCCUGCCGCACCAUCCCGGGGAUAGAUGUCGGCUCCGAAGAUAUAACGACGUUGUCAAACGGUGUCGCCAUUAUCACUUCGGGCGUAGCCAUUAUCGAGGCUGAAAUGGACACGAUCCAAGGCCGCAUCUUCUCCUUUGACUUCAACCAACCGGACAAGGCCGUGAAGGAGGUCAAGAUUACGGGAAGUUCCUUCAAUAAGACGGCCUUGAAGCCAGUGGGAAUGAGCGCCUGGGAAGACCCCCAAACGGGCAAAGUCUCCUUGUUUGUGGUCAACAAACCGCUACCCCCAAGAACACAAUCAGUGGAGUUGUUUGACUACGACCACAAAUCCAACACGCUACGUCACAAGAAGACUGUCAUCAGUGACGCGAUCUUUUCCCCCAAUGACGUGAUAGCCGUGAGUGCAGACACGUUUUACGUCACCAACGAUAUGCGCUUUGGUCGCCUUGGGCCUCUAGAGGUCGUCCUAACCCUUCCCACGGGAACUGUUGCUUACUACGACGGGUCUGAGGCUGUACAAGUAGCCAGCGGCUUAUCUGGGGCUAACGGCAUCAGCAAAUCACAGGAUGGCAGGUACAUCUAUGUUUCUGGACUACUGGACGCCCAGCUUAAUGUUUUUGAAAGAGGCAAGGACGGUCGAGGUUCACUGCUGCUCCGCAAGAAAAUUGACGUGCACACGUCAGUGGACAACAUCAACGUCGACAAGGCGGGCGACCUGUGGCUUGGCUGCCAUUACCUGGGGUACACACUUGAUCUACUGACUGGAAAUAGGUGGACGGGAACCGCUCAGGUCUUAAGGAUGCGUCUUGAUGCGGACCUGAACCCCGAUGUACGGGAGGUACUCGCUGACGACGGCAAACUACUCAAAGGCUCAAGCGUGGCCAGCGUCUACGGAAACAAGAUGCUGGUUGGAACGAUUACCAACCAAAUGAUACUGUGUGAUCUCAUUGCUUUCUAGAUGAGCAGAUAGAUAUUGACCUUUUGCACAAGCAAAUGUGCUCUCUCAAUGGUGGAAAAAAAAUCAAUAUUGACGGACCCUAAGUUUGCCUGGAACACUCUGGUACACCAUGUGAACGAGAGAUUGGCACACUCAAUUAGGUUAGAUACUAUCUAUACACACGAUGUUAGGAUUAACAGUAGGAACAUUUGCAAUUACCGAUUUAACGAGAAAAUAAUUGCUCAGAGUGAAGACAUGACUGGUACCAAAUAUCCUCUGAAAUAUUCUACCUGGAAUGGUAUCAUUCGGAAGAAAACAGUUGAAUGUGGUUCAGGAUAAUCUGGCCGCGGGUACAGAUUUUACGUGCGUCAACAACGUAAACGAGACAAAACAAAAUUGUGCAUACGUUUUCUCUGUUUUUUUCCCUCCAAAUGUAAUAUAUCCGCUGAUCUGAAACGUCAAUUUAAUUUGUAUGCACCGUUCCUAAGAUUUUGAAAAAUUCGGCUGUUUCAAACUAUAUUAAACAACAAUAUAUUCCUUUCUCCAUUGUACUAUUAAGCAACGGCGACUGAGCUACUUCUUCCGUGUAAUUGAGCAAGUUGACUGAAAACAUUUUCAAGAAAUAGAAAUCUUUCAUCUUGUAUUCAGCUCGUUCGUCUGGUUUUUCCUUGUCCAAGGGUUAUUUGAGGGUGGCUGGGAAAAAAGAAGGACCAAUUUACAAUUUAUUGGAGAAAUUGAUGAUCGGUGCAAACUGUGCUAUCAAUAAUAAUUCACACUGCAAUACCAUUAGACCGAUAUAUUGAAUUGAUGUGAAUAAUACCAUGCUCUUUUUGCAGUCAUCUAAAAUCAUAAACGAUUGGACGACUUCUUGCGUAUGGCGUGCACAGCCUAUCGAGCCUAGAGUUGUCGGUCAAGGGUAGAACAAACGAGAU